AUGAAUCAGGAUCAAGAAGUACCAGCUACGACAACGGAUCUAGCUAGACUGCCGAGCGAGGAAUUCAACAGGCUGAACGAACCGCUUCAAACAGUUGCAACAGGAUAUUGUCCGACAAGUUAUCCCGUGACGCAGUCAAACACCGAGGAGAAGCUGCAUCCCGAAAAUGAAAUAUACCCGACACAGGAAUAUAGACAAGAAUCAUGGCUUCAAGAUGGUAGCAGCUGCGAAACGGAAGACAGCGAGCAGUACGUGCCGGAGUUCCAUCGUAUGUCAAGCGCGAGUGUCAAACAGGAAUCCGCCAACUGCAGAAGAAUCAACGACACUAAUUAUUCGCAGUAUCAGUCGGUGAAUCAUACGCAAAGUACCACCUUCCUCGACCUCGAUCCUGAGAAUCGCAAUAAUUGCUUUGGAAACAGCAAGAUGAAUUCACGGACGAGCGAAACCACGAAGAAUGUAGCGGUGAAGGAGGAACCAGCGGACAGGGGAUAUGGGGAGCCGAUAUCCGUGACGAAUAUCCCCACGUCGACGGCCCAGGACACUCGAAACGGUAACAGCAUGGUUUAUCAGCCGCAAUACGGGAACGCCAGAGGUUCGCCAUCGCCCAGUCGACCAGCAAGCACUUCGUCCGCCGCUUCCCAAUGGCAAUCGGCGGUUCCGGCUUCGGGUGAAGCUUUCUUCCCGCGACAAGAGAAUUGGAGCUCGGAUGUAUACGGCAAGAGGAGCGUGACUCCCACGUGGACCGAGCUAGGAGUUCAGUUGGACAGUAGGAAUCCGUCGUGGGAGAGACAGAGUAACUGUUACCAGAAGAAAGGCUCUCCUACCUCGUGGAACGCGGAUUACGCUGGAAAGAGACCAUCCUCGACGACAGGAGUGUCACCUUGGAGCGAGAUGUCGGUUGGAUAUCAGCAGCAACGUCGAGGUUCUCUGCAGUUGUGGCAAUUUUUGGUCACCUUGCUGGACGAUCCAGCGAACGCGCCUUGCAUCGCGUGGACCGGUCGCGGGAUGGAGUUCAAGCUCAUCGAACCGGAAGAGGUGGCUCGUAGAUGGGGUGUUCAAAAGAAUCGACCGGCGAUGAAUUAUGACAAAUUGAGCAGGUCGUUGAGGUAUUACUACGAGAAAGGGAUAAUGCAGAAGGUAGCGGGAGAAAGAUACGUGUACAAAUUCGUCUGUGAUCCGGAAGCGCUUUUCAACAUGGCGUACGGGUCUGCGGGAUCCGGGUCCGGGCUUCCCAGUGAAGUACAAAAUGGUGUUCGAAGUCAAUCGAUAUCCGGGAAAAUAUCGUCGUCGAACGAUGUGUCCGAUAUAUCGAAACAUCCUACCUCUGGUUACGGUGAUGCGGUCCUUGCUAUGUACUCGAACACGGCGGCAGUGUACGGGCCAUCGAGUUUGCAUCAUCUGCACCAAUAUCUCGGUGGAAACGAGGGUUUCAAAACACCAUCGAAUAGAUAUCAUUCUCAUUAUUCGCACGAGUACAACAGCACCCAUCAUCAUCCGCCAUCGAGUUACGCAGAGACCUUCCUGAACUACGGUCGUUUGUCGUCCCACGACGCCCCGACCGAAUCGAGGAGCCAAGAACUGGCGAGGAUCCCGUACGCGCAGGAAACAUCAGAAGGUAUCAGCAGAGAACGAGAGACGUCAUCGAUUUUAUACGAUGGUGUGCAGAGAUCGCAAUUACCGGCCGCCUCUACGCUCUCGCAGCCAACCUUGCUAGACGCUACCACCACCAGCUCCAAGAUCGAGCAAACUUCUUACGCCUGCCUCGGUGUGGGUAGCUGCGUCUGCUGA